GGUAAAUUUCACGUUAUAGCCAUGUGGCAUGUUGGAUAGAAUAGAUUAAAGGACGAUUUCCAGUAUACAAAACGAAAUGUAUAUGCUAUUAUUGGGAGGAAUGAAUUGAGAAAGAGGAUAGAAAUACGGGAGCUUUGUUUGCAUCACAUAUAAGGGAUUACUGGUUGAAUUAAUACACAGCAGGUGAUAAUUGUUAUUUAUUCAUGAGAGAGGAAAAACAAUAUCACUAUAGAUAAAGAAUGCAUGGUAAAUCUGUCGAGAGGGAUGGUGAUUGAUUUUCUUGAACAUUUUCCCCUUCACUAAUUAAAAUCAAACAUGUCUUUUGGAAGUUUUAUUCAGUCGUGUAAUUACGAAGGAACGUUUUUCUAUACCUAUUCAUCAUACACGUUGUGUUAUAUCAAGUUUUGUUUCUGAUGAGGAGUUGGCACUCAAUGUGAAAUGGCAAGAAAUUAUACUUACGUUUCAAAAUACCAAAGGGCUUCUAGGUCUUUGGCCUCAUAACUGUGUUGAUCGCUGGCAUGCCAAUUCAAGAUGACGAGUCCGAGUUCUAGUGCAGUAAGCAAAGAAAGCGGUGGGGAAAGUAGAGUGGGGAAGACCGGUGAAAGAAGUCGUCCUCCAAAGAACCCAAACACUCUUAAGUGCUCUUUGUGCUACGAAAAUUUCAAAGAUCCAAGACUUUUGGAGUGCUACCAUUCCUUUUGCAACGAAUGCUUGAAAUACCAGAUCGAAGCAAAGGGGUCAACCUCAAGUUAUGAAUGUACCAUCUGUGGGAUGACAAGUACUAUACCGCAGGAUGAGGAGGGUUUUCCAAGAAACUUGUACUUUUUCAACAAAGACGGAAACGCGAUUUUGAAAUGUGAUGUAUGUGGAGAAAAGACAAGGGCCGAGUUUUACUGCUUCGUGUGUGAUCAGAAUUAUUGUUCAUUUUGUCUUCGGAUACAUUCAAAACUACAGGGAACAAAAAAUCAUAGAAUAGUGACCAUUGAUGAAAAAGGAGACCGAAAAGUGUCACAAAGUGUUGCUCUCUGUGAUCAGCAUUCUACACAGGAAAUGAAAUAUUUUUGUGUAACGUGUAAACAGCCUAUUUGUAUCGACUGCAACAUGACAUUGCAUAAAAGCCACGAGUGUAAAGAUUUGUCCGACGCAGUGGCAGAUUUUAGAGAAACCCUGGAAAAUGCAACUGAAAAAUCAGAACAUAUCAAUUUCAUUGAAAAGUUGUCAAACGAAAAAACAAAAGCCAAGAAAGUUAAAAACAAUAUGUUAGAUACUGAACAAAGGUUACUCGAGGCUAUAAAGAAACAAGCGCAAUUUUUUCACCAGCUAGUGGACGAUAUUCACGACGAAUGUUCCGAGAGAGUAUUGGAAUACACCCCUGACAAUAGUUCCCUGAAGGAUGUCGAAAAGAUGAAAUUGCAGUAUCUUGGGCUAUAUGAAUUUUCCAAUAUGCUUUUGGAGCAAGGCAGCGAUCUUGAUAUUAUUAUUCACGGUACAAAACUUUCCGAGAGGUUAGAGAAAGUGAAGAACAUUGCCGUUAAACCUCCUGCUAAGGACAAUGCAAAUCUUGACUUUGUAGAGGGAUUCUUGUUGAAAGAGAAAGUAAGAGAUCUGUUUGGAAUCAUUUCUAUUGCCAAUGAGAAAGAAGACAAUGAUGAUGUCAAACUCAUAAAAUGGUUUGAUUGUGAAAUGGAAGAUGCUGUUAUUACGGGAAUUGCUUGUUUGGAGGAUGAUCAAGCCUGGGUAUGUAUGGGAAAUGAAGGGGUGAUCAAACUGUACAAUGUGAAGGGCAGGUGUCACGAAUCUUUUGUAUUCGAUUACAAAUUGGACGAUAUAACAAGUGACGAAAAGGGAAAUCUUUACAUCUCCUGUAAUUCAAGGAAAAGGGUCAUAAAGAAAAAUGGCAACGCCGAACCAGAAACAUUCCUUCGUACAAAAAGCUGUGCCCGUGGUAUAGCUUUAGAUCAAAAAGGUAAAACGCUAAUCGUGGGUUUAACAGAAAAAGACGUAUUCUAUAACUGCAGCGAAAAUCCUUCGGCAACGAUGGUGAAAAUGCAGAACAUGGAGACGGAAAAAAAGUUAAUGGGAAGAAACGGUUUAAAGUACCCAGCUAGGAUUGCUGUCAACACCAAGGAAAGUUGGCUUGCUAUAUCAGACUGGAUAUCUCUUCAGGUACUUCUCAUAGACUCCGAAGGAAACCAGCUCAAUUAUUUUGACGGAAAUAGUCCCGAAUGCAAAGAUGAAUCGGAUUUUAUUCCACGCGGUAUAUGUUGUGAUUCGGAGGGGCGGAUCUAUGUUGUAAACAAUGGUUCCAACUCUGUGUUGAGACUAACCACUAGCGGUCGCUUCGACAGAAAGAUCGUCGACCUUGACGAUUGUUGGUCUCUUGCCUGUGAUAACAAAAACAGACUUUGGAUUGGUACACAAAGUGGGAAAAUAUUCAUUUUUCAAGUAUGAUCAAAUAUUAACGUGAUCAUUUCUUACAAGAGUUCCGGUCAAACUGCACAUAGAUAAUUCUAAUCUUAAAGGAGGGGUAACCUUUUCGAAACAUGAAUUUCUUGUCCUUUAGAAUAUCAUUUCCUAAUCGUUUAGCUUAGUGGCUUAACGCGUAAGUCAUCAUGCGUUUCAGUCUGGCAGGGUUUCCAGGUGAUCAUCUACUGAAACUGCUUUUUUUUUUUACCAUGUAGAAUAAGUCUUUUUUUUUCAAUUUGAAAUACUAUUGAAAUUUGUACAUAUUCUCCUUUUUCGAACAAUUUUCAGUAUCAUGUAUUGAAGAAAUACCUCUCUAAUUUGAGGGGUUUUGUAUGUGAAGCCUUGUAUGCAAGAAUUAAAAUAUGCUGUCGCAAAUCCAUAUCUCUAUUUUAAUCUCAACGCAUUCCUGAUAACCAACGCCAAUUUGUUGCUAUAACAACUGUGAGUUUGAAAAAGAUAUACUUCACAUGAGGUUUGACGUAUAGCAUGUGAGUCGAUUGUAUUUAAUGCAACUUGAUUCAAAUUA